ACCACUCAUAUCUAAUUCACGAAAAACGACGACGGAUGGCAGUGCUCGUCCUCAUUGCCCGAGUCUGAGAAAAUUAAUUGCAUUUGUGAGGCAGAGGAGGGAGAGAGAGUGAGAGGGGAGAGAGAGAGAGAGAUGAGUGCAGUAUCGCACCUGGCGAGGAGGGCAGCACAGAAGGAGAGAGUGAGGAUCCUGUACAGGAGAGCCCUCAAAGACACUCUCAAUUGGGCCGUUCAUCGUCAUCUCUUCUACCAAGAUGCAUCGGAGCUCCGCGAGAGGUUUGAGGCCAACAAAAACGUGGAAAAUCUUGAGGCAAUUGAUAGAUUGAUAGCUGAUGGUGAAGCAAGCCAUAACAAGUGGAGGCACCCUGAUCCUUACAUUGUUCCAUGGGCUCCUGGUGGCUCCAAGUUCACCCGAAAUCCAACGCCGCCUGCUGGGGAGUUGGCUUACAUUUUAUAUCAAUCGGCAACUGUAUGUAUAUCCACAGGAACAACAGCAGCGAACCAAAUUGUUACAGAGAAAGACUUCAUUUUCUUAAUCAUGAUUGAGAUAAUAUAUAACUACGGCCUGGAAGAUCAUAUCGAAUGAUCCCUCUUCUUCCAAGACAAUAAAUAAAGAUCAAGGUACAAGAUGGCAGGGGAGAAUACUUGGGUCGUCUUGUUUGUGUCAUUCUAGUUGAAGUUAGAUUGUUUGCUUUGAACAUUUUGAGAAUCUCAGUUGUUGCUGAAUUUGGUUAUUUUCUUUGAAUUGAUAAUCUGACUGAAGAAGUGUUUGCAUGACUUCAAACAGAACUGAUCGAAUCACACUUGCAACCAUCCUUUCCAAUUUAUUUGCCUUGCCCUCGUAAA